GUAUCGUAUCGCGUAAUCAUUAUUUUGGCAUUAUCAGUUUUCGGCAUCGGUUCGGCGUUUUCCUGUUUCUUUUUCGUCCGAUUAGUAGCUUGUAUUUUAAAUACUUACAGUAUUGAGUAUACGUCAUUAUCCCCCAAGCAAAAAAUUCGUUUAUUUUGUUUCAAUUUUUCACUAUUCAAGUAAAAUAAAAUAUAUAUUGUGAUUCAUUUUUUAAUGUAAUUGUUAAAUGUUGUACUUUUUAUUUUGAAUUAUAUAUCUACUACCUAUUUAUUUAAAAGAAUCUAUUCGUAUACAAACACUGAUCCUUGGUGCAAUGAUGUCAUGUUAACCAACAACGAAUUGUUAUUACUAGCAUUAUUAGCUGAAGACUCCUCACUUAACCAUCUUGAAUGGACUGCAAUUUUGCUGCUGUUAAAUACCCAAAAUCAACUAUCUGAAUGUAGUUCUUCAUCGUUAUCAUCACAUCAGUCGAUGGAACAACGCCCAUACUUUGGCCAACGGGACGGUCAUAUUAGAGAUGCAUUACUGGAAAAAGAGCUGGAGUGGUUGGCCAAGGAAGACCGUGGAAAAAGAUUACGUGUUGAUAGACAAACGUUUCACAAGUUAUUGUCAAAAUUACACCCAUAUAUGACUAAAGUCAAAAAUGGACUAAAAGUGAGUGCUGCAAGGCGUUUGACAGCAACUCUUAGAUUUCUAGGUACCAGCUCUACAUUACAAGAAAUUAAGGUUGACACCCACAUAUCACCUCAAAUGUUAGCAAAGAUCAUUGUAGAAACUUGUGACUGUAUUAUAGAAGCACUCAAAGACUACAUUAAGUGUCCUCAAACUGAAGAAGAAUGGAUGCUAGUGUCAACAACUUUUGAACGUACUACAAGAUUUCCAUCAUGCUUAGGUGCAGCAUGUGCGCGUCAUAUUGAACUACGUAAGGCAUCUAAAGCAGAUUCUGAUUAUCUAAAUGAACGCCGUCGACCCAGUGUCUUACUCUCAGCCGUAGUGGAUUCCAACUAUGAGUUCCUCUUAGUUGAUACAUGCCCAAGUGGACAUCUUUCUGAAGAUAAUCCACCAAAUACAAUUUUAGAACGCAAAUUGAGAAUGACAAAGUUACCAUGUCAGGUAAAUUCUAAUCAGUUACCUUAUGUAUUUGUAGCUGAUGAAUGUUUUAAGCUUCAAGAAAAUUUUAUGGUGCCCUACAGAGCAGUAAAUGAUAAAGGUGGCGAUGCUAAUAAACUAUUUAAUAGGCAAUUAAUUAGAGCCAAUCAAAGGGCUGCCAAAACUCUAGCCAUUAUGGCAUGGAGAUUUGGCGUAUUGCAAACGCCUGUUAACUUAGAAGCAAAAAAAGUACAAAUCAUUGUUAAAGCCUGCUGUUAUCUUCAUAAUUUUUUUAAGCGUGAAAGUGCUUAUUAUAUAGACAGUAAUAUGGAAGCUGUUAUCAAAGCAGAUAUGGCUCCAAUUGUGUGGGGUCCAAAUACUACAGUCAUACCUCACAUCAAUAAUUGUGAUAGUGACCCACAAUAUGUGAGAGAUAGUUUUUCAAAAUAUUUAUAUACACUAUCUAAACACCAAACACGUGUCUGUAAAUAAUUUAAUAUUCAUAAAACCUUUCAGUUGAUUUUUAUAGUUCAUUUAUCUAGUAUUAAACAUAGUACUGAUUAUUUUAUACUAGUCUAUUUGAAAUUUUACAAUUAGUAAAAUUAUCAAACUUUAAACUAUUUUUUGUGUAAUAUAAAUAUACUUGAUGUAUAAUGUUA